UUGUCGUUAAACGCACCGGAAGCGCUUCUUUACCCUAUGAAGGACAUCCUGUCAUUCGCGCUGCAGCGUGAUGUCCGUCAUUUAAGUGUUAAAUGAAAUGUUUUUAUCAGGUUCUGGAUUCUAAGUAGUGUUCGGUUCGGACGGGUUGUUCCGGAUCAUCUGAGCAGGUUUGUAGCUUUAGACGAAGAAAACAUCGGAGUUCCGCACCGGAAAGCUAACAGUUUCAGGAAUGUCCCUCUGGAGCCUCAGACCGGCGCUGGAGCUGCUGAUCCACGCGACCCGGCUCUCCUCCUCCUGGACCGGGCCGCUCCUCUCCAGAACCAUGGCCACUCUCAACCAGAUGCACCGCCAGGGGAAGCCCAAGGUUCCCCCUAAAACUCUGGGCGCCACGUUCGGCCGGCCGCAGCUCAAAGCCGUCGUCCUGAAGACGAUGAUCCGGAAGCCCAAGAAGCCCAACUCGGCCAACAGGAAGUGCGCCCGCGUGCGGCUGUCCAACGGGAAGGAGGCGGUGGUGUUCAUCCCCGGGGAGGGACACAACCUGCAGGAGCACAACGUGGUUCUGGUGCAGGGGGGCAGGACCCAGGACCUGCCCGGAGUCAAACUCACUGUGGUUCGAGGAAAAUAUGACUGCGCUCAUGUGGUGAAGAAGAAGCAGUAGCUGAGGCUCACACUGCUGUUUGAUUAUAGAUGAUCAAUAAAAACUGUUUGGUUCCAAACUUGA